CCUCACCCCGUGGGCAGGGGGUGGGGGUCUGUCCCAGAGCAGGGUGGAGGGUAAGGAGUGAUGGCAGAGGCUGUGGGGCUGGAGCAGCCCGGCCUGGACAGGGCAGGCGGGGAGGAAUUCCUGCAGGAAGCCAUGAGGGUGCUGCUGGACGAGGCCGUCAGGAAGGCGACGGACGUGGCCGAGAAAGUCUGUGAGUGGAAGGAGCCGCAGGAGCUGCGGGAGCUGCUGGACCUGGAGCUGCGGGACACCGGGGAGCCACCAGGGAGGCUGCUGGAGCGCUGCCAGGACGUCAUCCACUACAGCGUCAAAACCAGCCACCCUCGCUUCUUCAACCAGCUCUUCUCGGGCCUGGACCACCAUGCGCUGGCCGGUCGCCUCAUCACCGAGACCCUCAACACCAGCCAAUACACGUACGAGAUCGCGCCAGUGUUUGUGCUGAUGGAGGAGGUGGUGCUGGCCAAGCUGCGGGCGCUGGUGGGAUGGAGCACUGGGGAUGGCAUCUUCGCCCCAGGAGGCUCCAUGUCCAACAUGUACGCCAUGAACGUGGCUCGUUUCCACCGCUUCCCCCAGAGCCGGCAGGACGGUAACUGGGCUCUGCCUCGUCUCACCGCCUUCACGUCCCGGGAGAGCCACUACUCCAUCCAGAAAGGAGCUGCCUUCCUGGGCAUUGGCACUGCCAACGUCUGCCUGGUGGCCAGCGACACGAGGGGGAAGAUGAUCCCCGAGGAGCUGGAGAAGGAGAUCCAGAGGGUGAAAGCUGAGGGCUCGCAGCCGUUCUUCGUCUGUGCCACCUGCGGCACCACCGUCCUGGGCGCCUUCGACCCGCUGGGCAGCAUCGCCGACAUCUGCCAGCGCCACGGCCUCUGGCUGCACGUGGAUGCAGCGUGGGGCGGCAGCGCUCUGCUCUCCGCCAAGCACCGGCACCUCCUGGCCGGCAUCGAGAGGGCCGACUCAGUGGCCUGGAACCCCCACAAGAUGCUGACGGUGGGUUUGCAGUGUUCCGCCUUCCUGCUCCGCGACGCCUCCGGCCUCCUCCAGCGCUGCCAUGGGGCUGGUGCCACGUACCUCUUCCAAGCUGACAAGUUUUAUGACGUGGCCUACGACACGGGGGACAAGACCCCGCAGUGCGGCCGCCGUGUUGACUGCCUCAAGCUCUGGCUGCUCUGGAAAGCCAUUGGCACCCAGGGGCUGGCACAGCGUGUCCAACGGGCCUUUGCCUGCACCCAGUACUUGGCUGAGGAGGUGAAGAGGAGAGAGGGUUUCCAGCUGGUGCUGGAGCCCGAGUUCAUCAACCUCUGCUUCUGGUUCGUGCCCCCUAGCCUGCGGGGCAGGGAGGGCUCCCCUGAUUACUGGCCCAGGCUGGAGAAGGUGGCUCCUGCCAUCAAGGAGAGGAUGAUGAGGAGGGGCUCCAUGAUGGUGGGCUACCAGCCCCACGGCACCAAGGUCAACUUCUUCCGGCAGAUCGUCACCAGCCCUGCCGUCACCAAAGCAGACCUGGAUUUCUUCCUGGAUGAGAUUGAGAGGCUGGGGCAGGAUCUGUGAGGGACUGGGGGGUCUGAGGGAACCCCUCACCUGUCCAGCCCCAGGGAACGGGGGACACAGGCUGCUUUUGCUUUCAAGAAGAGCCAGGCGCUGGGUGGAAUAA